AGCAACAGAUCGGACAACCGUUAGACGGACACUUCCACCACUAAAUUAUUAGGGAUGUGACCACGAGACAUACUUCACUUUCCAAAAUUUAUACCAUUAUAAGUUUUGUAUAUAAUAACUUCAUCUCCUUGUCCUUCUGAUCAAAGGUAAAAUCAUACCAAAAUUCAAAACCCUAAAAAACCAGAUAUUAAAAUAAAAUGGAGGAUGGUCGGAGAAAAGGGGGAAAGAGCUGGAGCAUCCACACCCGACAAGAAAUAAUCACAAAAUACAAAAUCGAAAAACACAUAGGAUCAGGAACAUAUUCCGACGUAUACAAAGCUAUACGUAUAUCCGACAACACCCCUGUCGCUUUAAAAGAAGUCCACGAUUACCAAUCCGCUUUUCGCGAAAUCGAAGCUCUUCAAACGCUCCAGCAUUCACCAAACGUUGUCGUUUUACAUGAGUAUUUCUGGGAUGAAGAUGAUGAUGAAGAUGCUGUUCUUGUUCUUGAGUAUCUUCCAACUGAUUUGUCUUGUGUUAUUCGUAUGUUUAAGAAAAAUGGGGGUUUGAGUGUUGGGGAGAUUAAGAGAUGGAUUGUUCAGAUUCUGUUGGCGGUUGAUGCUUGUCAUCGGAGUUCGAUUAUUCAUCGUGAUUUGAAGCCGGCUAAUUUGUUGGUUUCUGAGGAUGGUGUACUUAAGUUAGCCGAUUUCGGUCAGGCAAGGAUACGCCUAGCUCCUGGAUUUGUUGCAGUUCAAGACAACCCACAAUCACAAAGCCAAGAAUCGUCUUUAUCUCAACAACAGAAACCUGUCCCAGAAACAGAAAUUAUUAGUCAAGAAAAUCGUUCAGAUCUUAUAGAAGGACCUCUUGGGACCAUAGAGGAAUAUGAACAGUUGGAUCACUAUAAAUCUAAAGACCCGUUGGAUGAAACCGAUAGAGAAACAAAUUUCCCUGAUGCAGAUACAUCUUGUCUUGCUACAUGCACCACAAGUGAUGUAGAGGAAGACUUUCUCAAAAGCAACUAUUCUUAUGAAACCAAUGACGGUGGGACAGAAGCUGGACUUUUAACAUCGUGUGUUGGCACGCGUUGGUUUAGAGCACCAGAGCUUCUUUUUGGGUCUACAAAUUAUGGGGCGGAAAUUGAUUUAUGGUCUCUUGGUUGUAUCAUUGCUGAGCUUUUCACUUUAAAACCACUUUUUCCAGGAAAUUCAGACAUCGAUCAGUUGAGCAGAAUCUACACGGUUUUGGGUAACUUAAAUGAGGAAGUUUGGCCAGGUUGUACUCAACUUCCCGAUUACCAAAUUAUCUCUUUUUCAAAAGUUGAAAACCCAAGUGGGUUAGCCUCGUGUCUACCUAACCGAUCACAAGAUGAGAUUUCACUCGUGAAGAAACUAAUUUGUUUUGACCCAACGGGUCGGGCCACAGCAAUGGAACUGCUUCAUGACAAGUAUCUAAACGAGGAACCAUUACCAGUUCCUGUGUCCCAACUGAGGGUUCCAUCUGCAAACCAGGGUGCAGAUUACGGCUCAUCUGGGUCCGAAGAAUGGGGUGAUCAUCGAGACAUAGAUUCAGACUCUGAUUUUGAUGAUUUUGGGGGGUUUGAAGUUACAAAACGAACUGGGGGUGAUUUUUCAAUCCAGUUUUCUUGAUUACUUGCUUAUGGUAAGCCGGGUAUUUGUUGGUUUUUAUGCAUCAAUAUUGUUGUGUGUAAAAUCAAGUUAAAAGAUGUACGAGGUAAGGAAGGAUUGAAUAAAGAACUUGGAACCCUUUCUAGGAUUUUUGCAGUUAAAUUUUUUAUUUCUUUAUUGUGGAAUUAUAAGUUAAAUUAUUUUGUCCUAA